GAGAGAGAGAGAGAGAAGCAUAUGGAUCCUACUUCAUCCCCAAUCCCAUCUGCUCAGACUGAAGAUCAAGUGUUGCAACCUGCUUCUUCGAUGCCCUCGCAUGAAGAUGAUAAGCUCUUGGUGAUAUCAGCACGAGAUAUGGAUCAUUCUUCAUCCACAGUCCCAUCCGAUGAACCUCAAGAUCAGGUGUUGCAAUCUCCUUCUCCACUCUCGAUGAUCUCAUCCAGUCAAUACAGCCGCCCGGAUCUCACCAACCGGCUGGAUUACAGGCGACGGCGUAAAUCCGGCUUGUCCAGGUGUGUCAUUGAAAAGACUAGUCCAAAAGGCGAAAAGAAGAUUAGGCACAGAGAAAUUGAAAGACAAAGAAGGCAAGAAAUGGCUGCUCAUUUUCGGUCUUUGAGAUCUCUACUCCCGCUCGAACAUCUCAAGGGGAAGAGAUCAGUGGCUGAUCAUGUUUAUGAAGCGGUGAAGUACAUAAAGGAUAUGCAAAGCAAGAUCCAGGAACUAAGUGACAAGAGAGAUGGACUCAAGAAACUGGAGCCACCCAACUCACGCCGUACCGACACAAAUGAUUGGCCGACAUGUCCUCCUCCUCCUCCUCCUUGUUCUUCUUGUCCCAAGAACGUUGUGGUGGUCGAAUCCUGCAAGAGAGGAGUGGAAGUGGCAAUUAGUACAGAAUCAGUACAAGGGAUGCCUUUGAGGAGAGUACUUGAAGUUCUGAUUGGAGAUGAAGGGUUGAACGUGAUUAACUGCACCUCCACCACAGUAAACGGGAGGCUAAUUCAUCGCAUUGAAUCCGAGCUUAUUGGCGGGCAAAGCGUCGAUCUGUCCGAGCUGCAACAGAAGUUAACGGGCUUAGGGCUCGACGGUAGAGCCUUCGAUUUGGAUUUAAGCACUGUUUUAUGAGAUGUCAGCAUUCCUUUUCUCUUUAGCUAGUCGUGAUUAAUGGGAUUUAAGUUGUGUUCAAGAUGUUAAAACUUGGGAUAAUUAUUGUAGCUUGUGAUUUGUGUAUAUAUGUAUAGUUACCUAGAUCAUUUUCUGCAUCCAAGAAGAGCUUGUUGUUUCAGGAAUUGAUUGCGUACAUGUCUCCUUAAUGUCGUGGGCACUUCCUCGUGUCCAUCAUCAUGAAGAUUAUAAGCUUAGUGAGCUUUGUAUUGA